UUGUCUCUUUAAAGCAGAUGGCUGAAUGAAAACAAUGCAUUUUUCAGGAAGAUUACCUUUAAAGACUGGGAAGUGUAGAACAAUGCUUUUCAAUGACAUUCUAAUUGUGAGCCUGUCUUUGGAGUAUACAAGCACAAAAUGACUUAUGUCAUGUCGCAAUUAAAACCUCAGGUGGGAAAACCUUCGAAAGGCGAAGAGAACGUAAACGCCGGAAGGGAGGGAAUCUGUUUGACGGUUUAGCAACAUAAUAGUUUGAGCGGGCUUACCUGCUGAGUUUGGCUUUUCUAAAACUGGAGAACAAAGCGACCAUGAUGAACCAUCCUGACAGCUAGUAGUUAGGACUUUAUAUAAUAUAAAGGAACAUUUGAAACUCUGUCUGUUUAAUAUGUGUUUGAUUGAAAUCAACCUGAUUCGCAUAGUAUUUAGAGAAAUUAAGUGCAUAAAAUUAUUUGACAUAGUAUGUGUUUGUGCUUUAUCAUUAGACGUUGACAUGAAAAUAUAUAAAAGUUUUACAACAAAAUAGAUCAGAAUUUUUAAAUGCACACAUCUGCUAAAAGUACAUUUUGAUAAUAUUUAGUAAUGUGCAUAUUAUGUUGAUGACUGUUUGAUUACUAUAUUGCUGCCAAAGGUAAGCUUUACUGUAAAAUAAAUUGUAUUACCAGUAAUAUCACUAUAAGACACUGUGGGACACCCUUGGCACCCACACAGUGACACGCAGGGUUGCAGUAUUUGAUGCUUUAGGAGUGAGAACACGAUGAAAAAAGAUACAAAUGUAUUUCAAAAGUUUAUGCUUUAAAGUGGUGCCUUGUUUAAACAUUUUAAUAAGUUAAAGUCACUGGUUUUUAGAGUCAAUAUAUCAUUUACUUCCUGAAAGCUGCAAGUUCCUUUAUGUUCUAAUAUUUCAACAGAGAAGUUACUUUUUGCAUAAAUACUUAAAUCAUUGACACGCACACACAAAUGCAAUGAGUUCAUCCCAAGAGAGGUAUUAGUUCUGGCUACUAGUUAUUCCUUCUUAUUAACAGUUGAUUUCAGUUCUACAGUAGUUAUCAUCUCAUUUGCAGUCAAAUGUCUGGUAGUUUGAAUGAUAGUAUAGGUUUAAGUUCAAUUAUGGAUAAAGAAGAAAGGACUGUUGAUCUCUACAUCACUGCAGAGACUGUGAGAGACCUUAAACAUAAGAAAGAGGUGGAGGAAUCUGACACAACAAUAACAACAACAACAACAACAUCAACCAAACCACCUGAACACACAGGAAGUGAGAGUGUGAAGAUAAGACGUUACAGAUCAGCAACAGUGUGUUUGGUGCUGCUGUGUGUUCUUCUACUGACUGCAGUCAUAGUGCUGUGUGUCCUCAUCAAUACAAACAAUCAACAGUUUAACAUCAAGACCAAAAACAUCACAGAAGAGAGAGACCAGCUACUAACCAAAUAUACCAACAUCACAGAAGAGAGAGACCAGCUACUAACCAACAAUACUAACCUCACAGAAGAGAGAGACCAGCUACUGACCAACAAUACCAACAUCACAAGAGAGAGAGAUGAAUUAAUAGCCAAAAACAAAAAUAUUACUAAACGAAGAGAACAGUUUAAUAAACUGCACAAAGAUAUGUAUGCUGACUUGUUUGUGUUUACAGUUGGAUGGAUUUACUAUCAGUCCAGUUUGUACUUCAUUUCAUCUGAGCAGAAGAGCUGGACUGAGAGCAGAAGAUACUGUACAGAGAGAGGAGCAGAUCUGAUCAUCAUUAACAACAAAGAGGAACAAGAUUUUGUUAGAAACAUUUCUAAUGCAGAAACAAUCUGGAUUGGUUUGACCGAUAGUGCUGUAGAGGGCACAUGGAAAUGGGUUGAUGACAGCACACUAAGCUAUACUUUCUGGGCGAAUAAACAACCCAACAGUGCAACCGAAGUUGAAGACUAUGUUGAGUCUUCUUCAGCAGGAUGGAAUGAUCAGCCAUCUUAUUUUAAUCGAAAAUGGAUUUGUGAGAUAAACAUGUUUAUUUAGUUAUUCAGUAUGUUGUGAACACACAAGAACUUUAAUGGAUGAAUAACAGAAUCUUCAAGUCAUUUUAGACCGUGUAUUUGAGCAAGACACAAUUUAGGUCAACCUACUGUAAUAAAUCAACAUGAUCUCACAAAGUUAAGAAUUGCUUUAUACUAUUUUUUCUGAUGUAUUCUUUUAUAUUUUCUAAACUUUAAACAAUUGUCGGCUGGCGUUGGGGUUAAAGUUGGGUUUGUGUAGGGAUGUCAUUUUAUGUAAAUCUAACCCUAAACCGAAGCAACAAUGGUUAGAAAA